AUGUCUAUCUCCACGGUCCUUAUGACAAGAAACUUGACGUAUAAGGCAUGGAUACCGUUUGACUACUUAUCUUCCGCUAUGUAUUUUGUUGUAUAUAUUCACCAAUUAAUAGCUAUGUCAACCUCUGGUAUAGUAAAUGUUGCUUACGAGAGCUUGCUUUGUGGAUUCUUACUGCACAUCUGCUGUCAAUUUGAAAUUCUGGGACAUCGACUGACAAAACUCACGCAUGAUCAAAAUAGUCUGCGCGACUGUGUUUGUCAUCACAACCGUAUCUUUGAAUAUGCAUAUACAGUGAAUAAUAUGUUCGCAAAAAUAAUUGCUAUUCAGUUUACUGUGAGCAUGUUGGUAGUGUGCUCGAAUUUAUUCCGAAUAGCUGUAGUGACCGACCUCGUUAGUUUCAUUCCACUGGUAAUGUAUACGAGUGCUAUAUUAGUGCAAAUUUUCAUGUACUGUUGGUUUGGAAACGAAGUUAAGUUAAAAAGCCUUCAAUUGAUAAAUAGCAUUUAUAAUAUAGAAUGGCUGGAUCUUAGCAAUAGCAACAAAAAAGAUAUCUUAUUAGUUAUGAGGCGCGCAAUGACUCCUAUUGAAUUUACUAGCGGAUACAUAAUCACGAUGAAUCUUGAGUCGUUUGUAGCUGUUAUGAAUGUCGAUAACUCUGACGAACUCACCGAUUCAUUAUACAUGAUGUUGACCGUAUUUGUCGCGGGUUAUAAAAAUAUAUGUUUGUGGGUAGAUCGUAAAAAUCUCAGAAUGGUAGUCAACAUUCUCCGCAAAAAACCUUUUGAACCAUGUGAAUCCCACGAAACAAUAAUUCGAGAACAAUUUGAUAAAAGGAUACAGAAUGUUGCAAUGCGGUAUUUAACCCUCGUGGGUUCAGCAGUCGUCGUAGUAAAUAUAACAUCUAUUUUCACGGAUCUUAUAAAAGGAAACUUGACAUACAAAGCAUGGAUACCAUUCGACUAUUCAUCUCCAAUUGCAUUUACUUUCGUAUAUAGUAAUCAAAUGAUAGGCAUGUCAUGUUCCGGUUUAGUAAACGUUGCUUGCGAGAGCCUAGUGUGCGGACUCUUACUGCACAUAUGUUGUCAAUUCGAAAUACUGGAACAUCGAUUAAAAAAUGUCAAAGAGAAUCAUAACAUUUUGCGCGAUUGUAUUAGUCAUCACAAUUAUUUAGUUGAAUAUGCGCAAAAUAUAAAUGACAUGUUCGCGAAAAUAAUUGCUGUUCAAUUCGGGAGCCUUCAGUUGUCGACUAGUGUCUAUAAUAUAGAUUGGCUAGAACUUAGCGAAAGCAGCAAGAAAGGUCUACUAAUAAUUAUGCAACGUUCGACAUCUCCCAUCGAAUUUAGUAGCGCGUAUAUUAUCACAAUGAAUCUUGAAUCGUUCGUAGCCCUACUUAAAAUGUCAUAUUCGACUUUCAACUUGCUGCAUCAAACACAAGAACAAUAACGUGUUUAUUAAAUAGAAAAUAUUGUUCUUUAUUUUUAUUUUUGGAUUUUAUAAAAUCAUAUA